AGUGUGUAAAGUGUGUAAAGUGCUCGCUCAUGCAGCAAUAAGUAACGAUGCGAACAGCUGUGCGCCACAGACAUGUCAGCCACAUACGGUUCGUACCAACUCGGCCGGUAACAACCACCACCACCACCACCACCAUCGGCCACUCCAAACAGUAUAGAUGUGUCUCCUGUUGAUUCCGUCUGAUUUAUCUGUGGUGAGGCCAGGUCUCCGUUCAGUGUUGUUGCGACGACGAUUGUUGGCCUGUGAUUUGUUGUGGUUCUGUAGCCCCUGAUUUAGCGUUGUCCGGAUCAAUACACGCACAUGCAAUCCCACCCCCCCCCCGGCCGAUCGCGUGACAGUCCAUGAACCUCGGUCCACUCCGUCGACUAGGUAACUGAAGUUCCCCCAACUCCAGCUUCACCUUCAACCACGCCACCACACAGAUAUAUUCUACAGCAACCAUGUUCCGCCCGCCACUACUCGCCGCCCUCCGCGGCGCCCCACGACGGCACUCCAGCACCCUCGCCGCGCGCCCCGCCGCGCCCCUGCGGCCCCUCCGCGUGCUCCUCGCCGCGACCUCCAUAGGGCUGCUAACGUUCACCUUCGGCGCGGCCACGCUGAAGAGCAUACUCCCUGGCACCGGCCCAAUCGACGGCUCACCCCUGCACUCGCACGACUCGCCCUUUAACCUCCCCUCGCUCACCACGGGCGCAUCCGUUCUCGCGCGCAACGCUACCUACCAGCGGCUGCUAGCAUCCGACGAGUGGACCUUGAUCCCGGACGUCGCCGAGUCACUCCCCCUCCACGUGCGCGCGACCAAGCUGAUGUCCGGCGCGCUGCGCGGCCACCGCAAGAUCACCGCCAAUGUGAGGUUUGUGCAUAAAGACGGACUGCGCGCAGUGUCCCUGCUGCGACUGGGGAAUGCACUCUGUGGACACCCGAAUGUGGUGCAUGGAGGUGUGCUGGCGACGGUUGCCGAUGAGGCGCUGGGGAGGUUGGCGAUUGCGCAGUUUCCGGACGGGGGAGGGGUGACGGCGAGGUUGGUCGUUAAUUACAGAGCUCCCGCGAGGGCCGUCGAUGAUGUGUUUGUGUGGGAUGGCGUUAAAGUGCUGGAGGCGGAGGUGGUCGAGGUCGGCGAGAGGAAGGUUACCGUUAGGGGCAUACUGAAGGAUGAGGAGGGGAAGACGCUGCUUAAUACUGAGGCGCUGUUUGUCGUGCCGAAGGGUUGGAGGCCGAGACCGUUGGUGGAGCAUUAGAUCAUAGAGGAAGGGAGGGAUAGACGAGUGAUACCUGUGUAGACGGAUAGAAUAGAGUUGCUUGUUUUUGUUCCUGGCAUGGUCCGGCACAGCAUACGAGUGGACAAAUCUGAGGCCAUCGAGAAAGCGAUCACGAUAAAAUAUUGUUUCUUUGUUUGAUCAUCAUUCAGUAUCUAGAAUAU